AUGAAUAUGAAGUACCUUGGCUGUUCCCCAGUAGAUGGCUCCAGCACCUUCAGGGUCACUAUCACCCCGCUUUUUGACGAUCAAGGUGCAUCUUCAAUAUCCAUCCAACAAACCCUGGAUCAACCAGAUUGUGUCGCCCACGAGCCCCUUCUCCUAUUUGAGACCAGCUAUGGCAAUGUUCCUGCUUAUCACUUCACCGAAGACAAUGUGGUAGCUUUUGAUGACGCCGGAUCCCUGCCGGUUUAUUUCACCAACAAAAAAUCCUCAAACUCCUCUGAUCAAGAAUGGCGUGUUAAGCGCAACACUUCGGGUAAUGUUGUGCUGCAAUUCGUGGUAUUUCCUCGAAAUUUGGACAUAACAACCCCGAUGGGCCCGCGUGUUGAUAUGCGUCGUGACCAGGGAGGCCUCAUCGCAGUCGGGAGAUGA